CUUGCCCUACAGUUAAAUUAUUUCUGGUAGGAAUAAAUUCCAAUUGUAACAAUUUACAACUCUGGUUGGAUGAUCUGAUUUUAUUUAUUGAUCCUACCGCAGUGCCCUAAGUCUCUCAUCCUUAUGACCAAGACUUAGUUAAGACUAACCCGGGGCGAGUCAGUACCCUAGUUACGGGUUUCGCGCCUAACCAACGUAAACCGGGCGUCUCACUUGGGUGAGUCCGUUACCGAUCUAAAUUGGGUUUGACGAGUGACGGGGCGUCGGGGUGGCACAGACUUAAAAUUAUGAGGGAUUUAUAACGCAGUCUUGCCUAUGGCAUACACCGCGCAGGAAAGAUGCCAAGGUGCAAGAACCCUACCUUGCGUCAAGAAUCGGCGGCGGAAGAAGAGGACCGUCCAUGGCGUCGUGACGGCACCAAGUACAUUCCCAUCCAAACCGGUCUCGCCUUCAACACUGGAGCAUCGGUCGAGAGAUUCGACAACAUCUUUCUCACGAAGGAGAUCAUUCCACCGAAGAUUGUGGACAAGGACCUCUUCCAGAUGGCAACCUAUGCCCCGAGCAAGUCACUUUUCUCUCAGCAAGGUUUGCUCCAUUUCAUUCAUUUGACGUAUGAAUUCUUUUGUCCAAAUCUUAUACAUCAAUUUUACUCUAAUCUUUGUACCACUUUGGGAGACUCUCCAUCUCUCAUCUCUUAUGUUGACGGAAAAACUAUUUUUGUUGACGGUGACGGUUUGACCACUCUCUUUGGCCUUCGUAGAGGUGAAAUUACUGAUAAAUUGGAUGAAACAUUCCAAGAUGAGGCAAUUUGGAAACAACUCGGGUUAGAUCAUCGUGACCUCAAGUUUAGAAAUUCUAGCAACCCGAGUGGCAUUAACCUCACUUUGAUUCAACGCAUCCAACAAUACAUCUUCUCUUAUGUUUUGUUGCCCCGUGAUUCGAACCAUGGCGUUGUCAACAAGGACGACAUUCGAUUGUUUCACGUCCUGUUGAACAAUGUCAACUUUGAUUGGGUUCAUUUCUUUCUCGUUGCAUUUAGUGAUGGUACUCGCUUUUCACAUCUUCGUUUUGUCAUCCCUAUCAUGCAUAUCCUUGCUCACUGCAAAGUGGACCUUACUCGGAACACUCGGGUGCUGGUGAAGAAGACUUGUUUCAUCAAGGACACCAAGUUCACCCGGACUAUCUUCCUUAAAGAAACAACCGGCGAGCAAAAUCUAGACCUGGUUGUUGCAGACGAAGAGGAGAGCGAGAACGAAGCAGAGUCAUCUCGUGCCGGAGGAAGCCGAACCACGGAACGCGUCACCUCAGGAUGACUCGUUUCGAGCAAUCCCGAUCCUUCCGUAGUCUGCGUCACAGCUUUAGCGGAGGAGCUCGUCCGACACAUUCUCUUUGAUUCUGUUGACGUUGUUUUUGUGAUGACUUAUUAUGAUACGUUAUUAAUUGUUAUUGUUUCUAUGACUCUUUUGGUGGAUGAUGAUGUUGCUUUAAUUUGUUGUUAAUUGGUUUAUGGUUGAUGUUAAUUAUCAUUGUGUAUUGAUAUCAUUGUUGGUUUGGCAAUAUUGUUUUUUUCAAGAACAUAUUAUUGUCCCUUUGUGGCUUUUUGUUAGGAGUUCUCUUUUAAAGAAAACUCUUACAAUUUU